UUUCCCCUGAAAAAUACAAAAAACCUCCUCAGAAUCUUUACAAAAAAAAAAAUAAAGUCCCGAAAAUGAGUAGCUCAGCAACAGCGCCAUGGAAGCAGCUUCUUCUCAAGUCCCUCAGCUCCAAUUCCCAUCUUAAGCAUUCCACUUACUUUCAGCUCGCAACUGUUGGAUCCAAUGGCCGACCCUCUAAUCGAACUGUUGUCUUCAGAGGGUUUCAAGAUGGUACUAACAAGAUUCAAAUUAAUACUGACUCGAGAAGCCACAAGAUUGAAGAACUUAAGCAUUGCCCAUUUGCAGAGGUAUGCUGGUAUUUCACUGAAACUUGGGAACAAUAUCGAAUUCUUGGAAGAGUAGAUAUGAUUGAUGCAUCAAAUUCUGACCCAGAUAAACUUAAGCAAAGAGAGGCAGCUUGGUUUGCUGGUUCUGUGAGAUCAAGACUACAGUAUUUGGGGCCCACUCCAGGACUUCCUUCUCUAGAUGAGCAACCAUUGCACGACUCGUUGGAUCCCUCUGCUGGUCCAGUUGAUGCAUUCUGCCUUCUAUUUCUGGACCCUGAGCAGGUUGAUUAUCUGAACUUGAAAAGUAACGAGAGGCUAUCAUUUACGACUGGACAAAGUGUCAAUGUUCCUGAUGAAAGCAUUCAGCUGAAGUUGAAGCACAUGUGUACUAAGGGAAACUUGAAAGGGUAAGGGACACCCUUCUUAGGGUAAACAACAACAGCGCCAUAAACAGUGGCGCGAAGCCACGAAAAAU